AUGGGUCAGAAUCUUACUCGCGAUAUUUCGUUCCCAUUAUCAUCAAAAAAACGUUCCUUAUUAUUCGUUUUUAUUAUUGUUGUCGGUUAUCUUGUUAAACAAUAUGUCGCGGAAGAAAAAAGAAGAAAAGCCGCUCAAAAGGCAUCUAGUGUUUCAUCUGAUCCAGAGAGGGGCAGACGGACAAAGAAAAUAGGUGUAGACGCGCGCUUUUUCGCACAGGUUAGAAAGCUAUUACCAAUUUGCAUACCAGGUUUUGCUUCCAAGGAAACAGUGCUACUAAUUAGUUUGGCGAUGGUUCUAAUCGCUCGUACUUGGCUUGAUAUAUGGUUUUCUGGGUUUAAUGGCCACGUUGUUAAAGCAAUUGUAUCGCGUGAUCGAAAAACAUUUAUUGCAUUAGCUGUUGUUGAAUUUGGAUUCAUGAUGUGGCCGAUGAGUAUUGUGAAUAACUCGUUGAAGCUUACUAUAAGUGCAUUGUCCUUGGCAUUCAGAUCUCGGCUUACAAGGCACGCAAAUAAGAACUACUUAAAAGAUAUUGUUUUCUAUAAGAUUUCUAAUCUCGAUAAUCGGAUUCAAAAUGCGGAUCAAUUAUUGACUCAGGACAUUGAUAAAUUUGCAGAGAACCUAAGUCAUUUAUACUCGGAUUUUGCCAAGCCACUCGUCGAUAUGGUCCUGUUUGCUUACAAAUUAGGCGAAGCCAUUGGUAGAGAAGCACCGAUUUAUAUGAUUGCAUAUUUCGUGGGUUCGGGUAUUCUCCUUCGUGCACUUUCACCUCCAUUUGGCAAAUAUACUGCUAUAGAACAAAAGCUCGAGGGUGAUUUUCGAUUUACGCAUUCACGUAUCAUUGCUCAUUCGGAAGAAAUUGCUUUUUAUGGCGGGGGUGAACGAGAACAAAUUGUGGUUGAUGGAAGUUUUGAUAAAAUUGUGAGACAUAUUAAAAAAAUAUACCGUCUCCGUUUUAUUAAUGGAAUCAUUGAUUCUGUUCUAGUUAAAUAUUGUGCAACAAUGACUGCUUAUUACUUGUUAGCAAGGCCUGUAUUUGACCCGCGAUAUGCUACCGAAUUUAUGGGCAAACUUGACGCUGAUUCAACAAAGAUUAUGGAAGACUACUCGAGAAAUUUGAACCUGUCCCAAGCUAUUGGAAGGUUGAUUCUGGCUGGACGUGAUUUGACCAGGUUUGCAGGAUAUACUGCUCGUGUGGCAGAACUUUUCGAUGUACUAGAGGAUGUUAAUAAUGGCAGGUACGAACGCACCAUUGUUAACAAAGAUGCAAAUGAGGCUAACACUAGUAAGGUCGUGUCGCAAAAUGAUCUUGGCGGCAAAAUCGUAGCACGUGAUGGUGUUAUUAUUUUUGAAAAAGUCCCAAUUGUGACCCCUAGUCAAGAUGUAUUGGUUAAAGAAUUGUCAUUCAAGGUUGAAACGGGAAUGAACUGCCUUAUUUUUGGACCCAAUGGAUGUGGAAAAAGCUCUUUAUUCCGUAUUCUCGGCGAAUUGUGGCCCUUGUUUGGUGGAACUGUUACCAAGCCUUCAGCUUCCAAGCUGUUUUACGUACCUCAAAAGCCAUACUUAGCACUUGGAACUUUCCGUGAUCAAGUCAUUUAUCCAGAUACUAAAACUAUGGCACGGUCAAAAGGAUUCGAUGAUAGCAAGUUAAUGGAAUUACUUGAUGUCGUUCAGUUAAGUAAUUUAAUUGCACGAGAGGGUGGAUGGGAUGUGAUCCGAGAUUGGGCUGAUGUUUUAUCUGGAGGCGAAAAGCAGAGAGUGGCUAUGGCAAGACUAUUUUAUCAUAGACCUCAAUUUGCGAUCCUGGAUGAAUGUACGAGCGCUGUGAGUGUUGAUGUUGAAGUUAAAUAUCACGAGUGGCUUCUUCGGUUCGAUGGAGAAGGUGGUUAUGAAUUUAGAAGAAUUAAUGAGGAUGAUCUUGCGACACCAUUGUUACAUCCCCAUAAUAAAAUGGGCAAAAAGAAAUUCGCGAUUGGGCAGGAUGAUGACGAUAUGGGUGAAUACGCUGACAAUGAAAAAAACAGUUCAUCUGGGAGUAACAUUUCUUACGAAUAG